AUGAACAUACCUUGGCUGGUAGAGACUGUAGUCCCGUUGAGUUGCAGUAAACUUGUUACUCUUAAUAUUCCUUCUUGUUCAAAGGUUUCAUCUGAUGCACUCAAUCGGUUACUUUAUGCACAGAAUCAUGCAGAUGGUUUGAUUAUUGCAGAUUCUACUCUGCAAUCUGAAGGACUGGAUUUACUUCAUCCAUAUCUGACACCUUUGACUGGAACUUAUUAUUUAUCUCAUUCUCCAAACUGUUUUAUUUACUGGAGACUCUGUCCUGGUCGCUGUUCUUUGGAACUCAAGAGAAUAUUUUUAUCCAACGCUGUUGUUGCUCAGUCCAUGUCAGGAUCGAAUUCAUUCAACCAGACGAAUGAUUUGUCUGAAAGCAGUUUGUCAGAAACAACUCUUGUGUUGGAGUUUUCUGAGCCUUGUUUGCCUUGUCCGGGUUUCUUUCAGGAUUCCGACACUCUGUCUGUUCAUGUCAAGAUCGUCACUAUUUGUGGUUCUUUUUAUAAUAUCGAAUUGCCAUUUCCGCAUCUGUCCUGCUCAGAUUCUCUUUCCAUCGACAAUGUUGUGUCUUAUUCUUCUAGUUUGUUUUCUACGUUGGAACGAGUUCCUGUUUUGGUUCAUUUUCCUGAUGCUGACAUGUUCACUGUCGCAUGUGGUAAUGGCUCGUUGGUGCAUGUCACUUGUCCUCCCAUGAAUUCGAUUUUAAAAUCUCGUCGCAGUAAAAAUACUUUUUCUAAUGAUAGCAAUACUAGUGAUGAUGCUGAUAUGGACGAGUCAGAUGAUCCUUAUCGAUCUUCCUAUGAUUCUGGAUUUCACCAAGUGGAAUUGGUCGAGGCCACUUAUAUGUCGCAUUUUAAAUCACUUGCUCGUACACCUUCAAAAUUGUUAUUUUCUGCUCUUCGUAGUGUUGUUUCUGCCGAUUCAAAUGACAUGACCAAUUCAACUUUCAGUAAUGAAGCAGUCAAGAUUGGUCCGUUGACUUCGCCACAGCAGGUUAUAUCCAUUGCUUCAUUGUGUCUAGAAACUCAGCUGCUCUUGUUCACGUUUUGUCGUGAUAGUCGUUUGCGGAUCUGGAGCGCUGUUACAAAGCAAUGCAUCAAGAAUAUCCAAAUAGGCAUUGCUUGUAAUAUUGGUUCAAAAAUAGACGUGUCCAUUUCUACAGGAGCUUACCCUUCCACACCUGGAUUGGCUCGCUCCAAUUCGCUUCCUGCGACGUCUCGUCAGCCAUUGUUGCCUGCAACGCCUUGUUCUGCCAUCAAAGUGUUUAGACAAAAAUCAUUCAACAAUAAUGCAAUGACUCAAGUUGAUGGUGUUGUAAUGUUCAAUCUUGCCUGCUAUUUACCACAAACUACCACUGGAGGGCAGGCCACGUUUAUAAUCUAUUCAGGAACAAUCAAUUCCAUGGGUGAACUGGUUCAUUUUGAGCCCAUUCACUCACAAAACAGUGGUAGUGAUGGACAAGAAUAUCUUGUUGAUUUUACUCUUUCACCUAGUAAAAAUGGUGAUUUGAGUGCUUCGUGUACUCCACAAAGUACAGAUCAGUCAUUUGAACAUGACACUAUGGACAUGCAUGAUGUAAAAGACAGCUCACAUCAGCUCGAGUUUGGAAACAAAAUGUUGAUUUCAAAUUCUGCUCAUGAUUCUGAAACAGAAUCUUUGGGUGAAGCACAGUGGUGGACUCUCUGGACUGUCUGGGAUAGAUCGUGUGCUUCGGUGAUUCGAUACAUUCAAAUUGAUUUGCCUGCUCACAGACUGAGCAAUGAACUGCACUUGAAUCACGAUCGUCAUUCAUCUAGUCAAUUCGAAUCCAGUCAUGACCAGCCUGCGUAUGGUCUAGUUGUAGGCCAUCGCUGGAUGAUUGUCACCAGCUGUCAACAGGAAUCUACUGAAUUGCCUACUAUAGAUGCGUUUGAUGAUGAAAUGAUGGAUGCAAAUAGUUAUUUGGAACUUUUUAUGGAACAUAUCUUUGAGCCAGGUCGAUUCUCACUUGCUCUUAUUUCUGAAGCGCUCGAUAUUUAUUCUGGUGCUGAUCCAUAUAAAUUUUGCAACAAAGCCGGUAUUGCCACGCCUGACCUGCUUUAUGCCGACGUCUUUCAUCGUGCUAUUACUACUAUUGGUUGUACGAUCGACUCUGAUUUUGAAGAGCAAAAUGCCGGAACAUACUUUACUAGUUACAAUCUAGCCCUUCUUGGUGCUUACAAUACGUUUCUUUCUAUUCUUGUUCAACGACAUCAGCUGCAUUCUGCACCUGCAGGAAUAGUCUUUAAUCCAUACUGUAACACGAUCAUGACAUUACAACGAGGACCAACAAUGGGAUUUUUGCGUGUUGCAGAUGCAUACGAGGUGAUGACGUGGGGUCAUUCCAUGUCGCAAUCUACACCAGCUGAUAAUCUAAUUGCAGAAUCUCCACUCUCACUACUUGCUGGUGACCAACUUUUUACUGGACAUCUUAAAUCUAUUAGAAGCAAGUCACUUAGGACAGAUCUUUUUCAUUUUAUACAGCUGCUCAAUUUUGUCAAUUCGGAGCUUUUUCCUCCUGGGUUUGCCAUGGCAACUGAAACAGAGAUCCUUACUACCCGAGCAUCUUCAGAUUCAGUUGUAGACGACUACGCAUUUACUGUGUAUAGUCGCUUAUCAGAGCAAAUUGAGCCAGAAGAUCUUGCAGAAAAACUGGUGACUCUUGAACAGCUUACAAAAAAUAUUGGACAUUUUCAGCUGCUAAUUACCACGCUUUUGGAUAUUCUUGCACAUCGGGCCAUGAACGAAAAGGAUCGUGAUGAAUCUGGUACAGAUGUUCAUUCAUUUCCGUGGACUGCCUUGAAUACUACGUUGAGUGAUGGAAAAGGCACUAAUCAAGAUGGUAUCAAUAAUGCCAGUCUAUUUACAAACAGUAUCAUUGCAACUGCUGCAUCUCAGAUUGUAUCCAUGCGGUUGAAAGUUAUCCGGCAGUCUGUAAUGGCUCUUCUUGUACUCAAAGCACUAAACUUGAAUGAUUUGCAUCAUUAUGAUGUUCCCAGCAGCGUGAUGCGUAAAUAUCUUGAUGUAUUUUCUGCUCUUUCAUUAAUGCAAUGGCUAUCUGUUCAGCAAGUAUUGAUACCGUCUCAUGAGCGUGAUUCAUCCACUGCCCAUCAUUAUCCAACUUUAUCUAGAGAUGUUUCAAAAGUAGUCGUUUCUUCAAACGCAGUUACCAAAGAGCACAAGUCGCUUAUUCUUCACCUCUUGCAACAUCAUUACAUCAUUGAUGUCAAUUUGCCUUUAUUACCACGCAAUACAUCUACAGGGUCAGAUUUGAUACUUUCAACUACAGUGACGGUUGCUGCCGAGUCCUUUUUGUCUUGUCUGGGUUUUAUUGGUGAUGGAGGAUCUCAACAAAUGACGCAUGCUGUUGUUGUUCUUUCACGAAAGCUUAUGGCAUUUGGAUACUUUGACAUUGUUGGAAAAUUAUUUCCACCUCAUAUGCGAUUCACACCAGCAAUAGAAUACAUCAACGCUCGUGUAUGGCUUGAUGUACUUGAAUGGGAAAAAUCUGCUCGAUGUUUCUGUCUUGCAGUGGGUGGUGACCCAACGCAAAGUGAUUUGUCACUUGUAUUUUCACCCCACUCACUUACUACUGGCUAUGGUGAAUACUAUCGACACGUUGCUGGACUAUUUUACGAGCGAGAUAUAUUGGAUCACACGGUUGUGUUUGCCAAGUUGGCGAUUGGAUGCAUGAAGAAUGGAGAUCAAAGUGCAGAGGUAAAGGGACUGGUGAUGCUAGUGUUUAAAUGUUGCGUUGAUAUGGGCGACUUUGAUGCUGCUUACGAAGCUAUUUUAUCAAACCCUGAUUCUAAAUCACAGCGAGACUGUUUGAGAACGUUUGUGAAUGCAUUGUGUAGUGCCAACGAUAUGCAUGGUUUGUGUGCCAAGUACAAUUUUGGUCAUUUGAGCUCAGAAGUGGAGCGUACACUGGAAUUCAAAGCACGUACUGGGGAUGUUACACUCUCUAAACACACUCCCAACUACUAUUGCAUCUGCUACACUUUUUACAUUUAUCGAGGUGAUUUUCGUCGUGCAGCAAUGGCCAUGUAUGCACUGGCACACCGUCUUUCUUCUAUCCAACUUCCACCCUUGAAUCGUAUUGUCGAACGAGCACAGGUUGUGAUUCAGAUUGUUACUGAACAGGCACAGCAUUUGCUUGCCGCAUUGAACUGUUUAAAAUUGGUAGAUGCUGAAUAUGCCUGGCUGUCUGUGCCUUUGGCCAUGGCUGGUCCAAUCGAUCGCGCUGAACGAAACGCGACAUAUCCAACCAUUGAUCUAGACGCUCUGGUCACCACUCAAGAUUUGGUCAUGAGCGACACAUAUACAAGCAAUGUAUCCAACACGUCUAUCCAGCCUUUGCAUAUUAUUGAAAUAGAAGACAUCACCAAGCAAUACCAUCUCACUCUUGCCAAACUCAAUCUUUACAAACGGUUCCCUGAUUUAGCUCAAAACACAUUCUUUGUGCAGCCAGGAGAUGCUUUAAACAUGUACUGCCAAGUGGGAUUAUUUGACUCGGCAGUAUCGUUUGCAUUCAUAUUUGGACUAGGUAUUGAAAAGGUGAUUGUAUCUCUGAUCCAUUUCAUAUAUGUGAAUAUCAGACAAGACCGUAUGGGUAACGGAGACGACAAUUGCAAUGGAUGUGAUUUGGAUGAAGAGGUGGGGAGUUAUACAAAACUAGAUCGAUGGACUACAUUACGGGUUAUACUACAGCAGUACGAUAAACAAGCGAAUGCGUAUGCGUAUCAUCUUACUGCCAUCACCACGAUUCUCAAACAAGACAAGCUUGUGCGUCUUCCACUCUGGCUUACACAACCCUUUGAAUCUUACCAAUCUGAUCGGCUUAUUCGUAUAUAUCUUUUAUACGAUCGGGUUGCGGAUGCAGCAAAAUUAUCGUGUCGAUACAUUGAAGAAGAAACUGCACGGCUGCCUGACGGACUGGGUGCCAUGAGCGGCAAAAGAUGUUUAGCCGUUACUUGCUUAGAACAUGUGAUUAAAGCCUUGCACAUGAGCAAUGGAUUGGAUGAUAUGGAAGCGAGGGUUUCCCAGAAACUCAAGCUGUAUUUGGCACAGGUUGGCAUGGAAACAAAUUUACUUUUAAGGUGAUAUGGAACAGGCUAAAGCCGUGUUCACUGCCAAUAGUUUAUACUUUUAGUUGGUGACUAAAACCUAUGCGCAGCAUCACACUCAUUGAGAUUGUUUUCUAAUUCCGAUUUGUAUGAUUAAAAAAUUCUUUUACUGAGA